AUGAAACGAAUAUCUCGAGCAAAAUUUGAAAACUUGGCCUAUCUUUUAUUAAAUGUUGCCAACAUUGCACUUUACAUCAUGGUCUUGUCAGGAUCCAUAUUGAAAGCAAGUGGUGGGUCAUUAGCAGAUAUCGUUCAAUCGAUUUACUGCAUUCUUAUUUGUUUACUCCUUGUAGUCUAUGAAAUUAUUGCACCUACUCCUAUAACCAAGGAAUUAAAGAUAAUUCUCAUACCUAUUGAUUUUAGUCUUGGUUGCCUUAUCAUGUGCGAAAUCGUCUUUAAUAUCAUUGUUGCAAUCCUUGUGUUUACGUUUGGAUUCGCCUACAUCAUCCUAUCUUUAUCUGCCUUACCUCCCCCUCAUGGGUUUCUCAUACACUGGCAAAACCACAAGGACUUUUGGGCAGAAGGCCUCGAUUUGAACAUACCACCUCCCAUGCUUCUUUCUUCAUCUGGUCAUCUAACCAUGCCUCCUCCAUCUCACUUUCUACACCCUUCAGCUUGGCAUCCAGCCUCAUCCAAAGUGGCUGCACCUACAACGGCCUCUUCUACACCUGUUUGUCGUAAUAAAUUGCGUAUUUAUUGA